CUCGAUAUUCCACUGCUUUCCUUCUCCUUUACUACUUUCUUCUGCACUGUCGACAUGUCCUUCUUCCCAGAUCCUCACCUCUUUCCCAUUUAUACCCCGAAGAAAAUUCGCCAUACCGCCGUCCUUCGUGCUGCCGACGUGGUAAUGCGAGUGGAUAUCCCAUAUCUCUUCGCCGGCGUCGACGCUGCUUAUGGAAAUAUACCACAUAACCCCUUCUUCGCUGUUGUUGGUCCAAUCAACUAAAUGCGCGCCGCAUGUAUUGCAAAAGUACCUGUUGUUCACCUCUCAUUAUUAAGUAAAGAUUCUAGAAGAAGAAGAAGAAGAAGAAAAAAAUCAUAAAAAACACUGCCCUAACCCCAUUCCUUUAUCCACCAAAGACAUCUACCCUGCUCUCUCUCUCACACAUCCUCCCUUUCCCCAAAGACCCCUCUCAACGCAACUCAUCAAAACCAAUUCCCAGCCUAAAUUAUAAAAAAAUAAAAAAUAAAACUAACAUACCUUACGCACCCUCCCCCAUUCCCAUUCCUACUCCCCUUCUCACUCACAUACCCCAC